AUGGCAGACAACGAGCCCCUCCCUGCCCGCCUCACCUCCUCCAUCAGGCACACCGUACAGCCCCCAGAGAACGAGCUCGCACGAUGGCGGCGCACCUUCGACCGCUUCGCAGCCGCACAGGCAGAGGGCAAGAAAUACCUCAACCCCGUCCAGUUCGUCGACGCCAUAGCGCCCACCGACGAGGGCUUCAGCAAGAUAAAAAAGGAACAAUACGCGAACCUGUUCCGAGUCGCCGACAGCUCGCGCAGGGGGCUCGUGUCAUUUGAAGACUUUGUGGUGUUUGAGACUCUGCUGAAACGUCCUGAUGCCGACUAUCAACUUGCUUUCCAGGUCUUUGACGUCGAUGCGUCAGGGUCUAUUGAUUUCGACGAGUUCAAGGCUGUCCUCUCGGCCAACACUGCAGCCAGCGGCAUUCCUUUCGACUAUGACUGCAGCUGGAUGAAGCUCUACGUUGGUACGCGUGGGGAUAGACAUGUGCUUGGGUAUCACGAGUUUACUCAACUCAUCAAAGGAUACCAAGGCGAGAGGCUUCGACAGGCUUUCCAUUUCUUUGACAAGGACGGAGAUGGCUAUAUCAGCCCAGAGGAGUUUCAGGGUAUCAUUGUCGAGAUUGCUGGACACAAGCUUUCCGACUCUGUUCUCGCAAGACUGCCGACUUUGUGUACGAUGAAUCCUGGAAAGAAGAUCAGCUACUCUGAGGUCAUUGCUUUCCACAACGAAAUGGACACUGUGGAGCUCAUCAUCGAACAUGCUGUCCAAAAAUCAAAAGACGGAAGGAUCGAUGUAUCAGACUUCUUGAACGAGGCUGCAGGGCGCAUGCGCUAUGGAAUGUUUACCCCGAUGGAGGCCAACAUCAUCUGGCACUUUGCCAGCCGUGGAAGUGUCGGGUCUGGUCAAAGGCUUACGCUUGCCGACUUUCAAGCACUCCUCGAUGCCAAGUGGCAACCUCCUGAAGCGACGGCAUCGGAAACGGCGCUGAAAUCCAAUGGCUUUUUGGGAGAGGCUGCGCAAUCGAUCUACAAUUUUGUUCAAGGUGGAAUUGCUGGAGGUCUUGGAGCAUAUGCUGUAUACCCGAUUGACCUGGUCAAAACUCGACUGCAAAACCAGCGAUCCACCGUCGUCGGAGAAGUGCUUUACCGCAACGCUUUCGACUGUGUCAAGAAGGUCUACGCCAACGAAGGAGGUGUCAGGGCGUUCUAUCGGGGUGUUCUGCCGCAACUUGUCGGCGUGGCGCCCGAAAAAGCCAUCAAGUUGACAGUCAAUGAGCUUGUCAGGAAAAAGGCCACAGAUCCAGAGACUGGCAGGAUUCCGUUGAUCAUGGAAAUUGUGGCUGGUGGAACCGCGGGUGGUUGUCAAGUGGUAUGUGCUUUUCCAGUCGUUGUGCCUAUACUAAGUUGUCCACAGGCUGGUGAAAUCACUCGGGCAGAAGGCGGGGGGGCUGUACCGCGAGGUGCUUUCCACAUCAUCAAGCAACUGGGAUUGAUUGGUCUGUACAAGGGUGCCACUGCAUGCUUGGCGAGGGAUAUUCCAUUUUCCAUGAUAUACUUUACGUCUUAUGCCCAUCUUAAAAAAGACGUGUUUGGUGAGGGACGACAUGGAAAGGUGUUGAGCUUCGGGGAGCUGCUUGCGGCUGCUGGCAUCGCUGGCAUGCCGGCUGCCUACAUGACCACGCCCGCCGAUGUGGUAAAGACUCGACUCCAAUCACAAUCCCGAGCUGGACAGACGGUAUACAAGGGCAUCGCGGAUGGUCUCGUCAAAAUCUUCCAAGAAGAGGGUCUCCGAGCCCUUUUCAAAGGCGGUCUCGCUCGUGUCAUCCGAUCAUCCCCUCAAUUUGCUGUGACAUUGGCGUGCUAUGAGCUCCUUCACAAGCAUUUCCCCUACCCGUACGCUCCGGCUCCUGCAAUCGCUCGCCCUUCUCGAUCAGCACAGCAAGAUAUUUCUCGGAUUCGUGCGAGAAAUGCUUUGCGUAUCCUUCUGGACUGCAGUUCUCAGUUUGGUAUGGUCGAUGCCAACACUGCGGCCAAGGGCGUGUCCAUACUGCCGAAAUCGCUCAGGCCAUAG